AUGGGCACCCAAAUCAGGAUGAAGAACCCGCUUGUUAGCCUGCACAGGUUAGAAGAAGGGAGAGAAGAUCCUGCUAAUUCACGACACGGUGCCACUCGAUGUCGAACUCACUGUCACCAAAGCUAG